AUGAAGAAAUUUAUUCAUUUAAAACAUACUAAAAUUGCUAAUGGUGAAUACCAUAAAUCAGAUACUUCUAUUAAUCCAGUAAAAUCGAAUAAAUAUUCACGCGAAAUUGAACGAUUAUGGCGUGAAACUACAUGUGUUCGUGAAGAUUCAUUGCAUCCAAUUCAAACACCUAAUAUUUAUGAACAAAAAAGUCUUCUUAAAAGUCUCAAUAUUUUUGAUAAUAUUUCUCAAUAUGAUAUUCAUAGUAAUUAUGAUACAAAUGAUGAAUUAAUUAAAACAAUUUCAUCAAAUUGUUCAUCUGAUUGUAGUUUAUUUACACAUUUAAUUCCAUUUAAAAUUCACCAUCAAUAUUCAACAGCAUCAUUAAAUGAAUAUGCAUAUCAACAUUCAGUUUCAAAAACUUCUUCAAGUCCAAUUAAUCAUUCGUUGAAUUCUUCGCUUGUUUGUCGACAAUAUUUUCCACCAGAUAACCAAUAUUUUGAACCUAUUACAUAUGACGUUUUUGUGAAACAACAACAAGACAAAAAUACAAAUGAAAUGACAUUUUGUUGUAGUUUGUACAAUAAUAAAACAUUACCAUCUUCAAAUACAAAUGAUAUUGAUAAUCUUACCGAUAUUGUUAAAGAAGAUUCUAACCGAUAUCAAUUAGACGAUAAAUUAACAGUUCCUUUUAUACCAUCAUUACCUUUACCUACUCCAAUUCCAUAUUCUGCCGAAGAUAUGUAUGCAUCUACCAUACAGAAUUAUUCUUUACCAUUACAUUUUCAUUCAUUUAAUAAUUCUUUUAAAAAAAGUUCAUUAAAAAAAAGUUCAGAAAUAUUGAAAGCAAAACGAAAAACAUCAUCGAAUAAUAGACAUCAAGGAAAUGAUACAAUUUACUUAUGUUCAUAUCCUGAAUGUGUAAAAAGUUAUUCAAAACUAUCACUUUUACGUGUUCAUGAGAGAAUACAUUCUGGUAUUAAACCAUAUUCAUGUACAUGGCCAGAUUGUGGAUGGAAAUUUGGACGAUCUGAUGAAUUAACACGACAUUUUCGAAAGCAUACCGGUGUAAAACCAUUUCCUUGCAAAUAUUGUGGUCGAGCAUUUGCUCGUUCCGAUCAUUUAGCAAUUCAUGUAAAACGUCAUCUACAAAAAAUUCAACUAUAA